CGAGGAGGGAAGUACAGUCCAACCAACCUUCAGCCACCGCUCAUCACCGGGUUUUCUACAUCAUCAGGAAUUUUCCCACCAACUUCUCGGACUCUCUGCUCCCCCGAGGUCGUGCGUCCUGCUGUGGUUUCUGGAUUACGAUGGCGAGCUCCGGACUGCAGCUGCUCGGCUUUCUCCUCGCUCUGGCCGGUGUUGCCGCCACCGUGACCGCCACCCUCAUGGUGGAGUGGAAGAAGCAGUCCCAGGGCAAGCAUCGCUCCUACGAGGGUCUGUGGAGCAGCUGCACUGGCACCGAGAGGACCACGUGUGAAAGCUACGAGUCCAUGCUCAAGCUGCCCACUGAGGUCCAGGCCACCAGAGCGGUGAUGCUGCUCAGCCUCCUCCUCUCCGCCAUAGCCAUGGUGGUCUCCACGGUGGGGAUGAAGUGCACCCACUUCAUGGAUCGCAUGCCCGACAGCAAAAGCACGACCGCGAUGGUGGGAGGAAUCAUCUUCAUGGUUUCAGGUCUGCUGACCAUCAUCAUCACUUCCUGGUACGUCAACAUGAUCGUCAAGACCUUCCAGGAAUCACAUCGUCUGCAGAGCUAUGACUUUGGGAAGGCCGUGUUCGUCAGCUGGGCCGGUGGACUCCUCACGGUGGCCGGCGGCGCUUUCCUGAGCUGCCGGAGAUGCUGCGGGUCACAAUCAUCCGAGUCCAUCAGCUCCAACAUCAAAUCCAACUACGUCUAGUCGACCGAGAGGAGGAGGAGGAGGAGGAGACUGUAAAAACAUACUACCUAUAAAACCCCCAUCAGUGAUUCACAGCAUCAGUCAGCUGGAAGGAUGUGAAAGAGUUUUGCAAGUGAUGUUGGACCUGUUUGUAUUCUUACAGUUACUCAAACUUAUAAAGUGGUGACGCUGUAGUAUUUUUUAUUUUGCUGUACUUUGCCAUAAAAACUAUUUCUCUUUACCUCUUUAGUUUCACACUGAUUUUAUUGUGUAUGUUUGUUGAUUUUAUGUUGAAAGUUUCUAUAUUUUUUUUGUCUCAUCAUGUUGUUUAUUAAUGUUUAUCUAAUGCAUUAUAUUAAUAUGAAAAGUUUGCAAAUAAAAAUCAUUUUGUUUUCUUUA